UCCCACGUUAGUGGUCAGAGGUGGUGUGGUGAAGCCUGCUGCCUUCAGGGCUGGGCAGAGGCUUCCUCCUGCAUCCCACAAGUGUCCUGGUGAGGGAUCCAAAGAUACCAUGUGUGGUUUCUAUCAAUAGAAGAAACACACCAUAAGGCAGAGGUUUCACAGCCUCCAUAAAUAGCCACUCUUUAGGAUGUAUGAUGUGGAGGAGGUUUUAGAAAUCAAAAUAUUUAGAGAUUUGCAUUAUUUGUCUUGGCAGGAAGGAGCAGCCAAGACUGAAAUGCAGAAUAUUCAAGGAAGGAAUAGAGUCGAGGAAAAGAGUGAAUAAGGGGAAUAGCAGAGGUGUCAAAACCUCCAAGAAUUCCUUUUGGAUGAAUGGAAGCAGGAAACACGAUAUGUCUGAAAGGAGGGAGAAUUCAUUGACAACGUUGAGGCACGUUUGUAUUCCUGGUAGAAAAUACUGACUUUUCAAACCAAAUCUUGACAUUUUGAUCAAACCUGAAUGUUGCAAGAACAUCCAGAACACUCAGCUAAAAGCAGCUCUGAGCUGGGCUGUGUUGGUGUGAGCCAUCAGCGAGGAGGCUCCAGCUCAUUCCCCAGCCUGUUCUCCUCCUCUCAGUUUUAUUCUAGUCCCUGUGUGGAGAUGUGUCAGAGGAGUGGAAGGCUGGUCUGAACAGGGGACGUGUGGAAGUUUGGGUCUGAGUGUGCUGGAAGGAGCAGGGGGUGGGAGGGGUGGAUGUUGGCGGUCCCUGGGUCAGCAGGUCAUCACGAUCCUCUCCUCAUCUCACCCCGAUUUCAGUCUCACCUCUCUGAGUGUUUCCCAGUCUCCCAGUCAGUCAGAUCUGUCUCCAAGCCUUUUUCAAGCACCUCCAGGCUCAACCUACCCCCUGUACCCUCAGGCAGGGCUGUCAGCCGAGGUGUGUGACCUUGUUGUCACCUCUCCUGUCUCCUGUCAUCAGCUGUCCCCUGUGGACAGGGGACCAGGAGUUUCAUCCACACCUUCCCCAGCAUCCCUGAGCAGCAAUGGGGGGAAAGAGGGUGCCAGGAGCUCCCAGAGCAGGGGGAGUCUGGUAACAGUGAGGGGAACCCUCAUGGCUGGGCUGGAGCUGUGGCAUGGCUGGAUUGGGAAUGGGGAUGGAUGGGAGCUUAAUUUCCCUUUGAGUUCCUCCUCUGGGUUCCUGCAAGGCCUCCACUUUGGGCAGGGGGUUCUAUUUUGUGAUUGUCCUCCUCCGCAGAGAGACAGGACCCCUUUUGUCACUGGACCAUCAGGAAAGGCAGUCUGUUCUCGUGGCUUUCUCGUUGUGCUGUGGUUGUCCAGCACCUGGACAUGUUCAUUAGCACCAUAGAGACCUCACUCCUCCUCCACUCUCCUGAGGCUUUUCCUGGGAGCCUGCAGAGCCCUCCUGCAGGGAUGGAGCAUUUCCAGCAGGAGUUUUUCUGCCAGUGCAGUGACACCAUUCCUGGCCCAAACAACGUGGGCUAAACCAGCCAUUCUCCUCUCUGUGUGUUUGUGGCUGGUGGGACAAUGACAGAGCAGUGUCAGGAGGCGGUCAGUGCUGGAACCAAAUGAUCACCUGAGCCAACUCUGCUGUGCCAACGUUCUCAUGAGCUCCUGAAGCUCUCUGGGAGGAUCAAUGGCUGAAUCCUGUGCUCAGGGAGAACUGAGCACUAUUUUAGCUGUCACUGGUGAUGUAGCAACAGAACCAGCUCCCUGAGGACUUGCUGCAGGGGAUGGCCAAGGGCAGAAUAGGAGCCCAGAUCUGGGAAGGCACCACACUCCACCUUCUUCUCUGCACAUUUAUGCACUGAUGACCUUCAGGGCCCCAUUGAGGAAGCCCCCGUUGCCUCGGGGCAGUGGUACAAGUGGGGCCCAGCAGGGCUGUGGUGGGCACUGCCUGGUCAGCCUGGCUCAGGAACUUUCCUUGCUCCAGUUGCUGUGGCAGAGGUGAAAUGUCUGUGAACUGCCUGUGAUGCAGAUGUUCUGGGAAACAUGAGUGUGUGGCAACCACGGCCACUCUGCGUCUACUGCUGCGGCUUCUGGGGAAGAGAUCCAUCUACUGAUCUUCUGAAUCACCAAUUCUGGGUUGUCUACAAAGUUCUCUAGUCAGGGGAUAGGAAAUGAUAGGUCAUAUCCUGUUCUCUUUCCUUUCAUGGUAUCGUACCAUUGAUGGGCACUGCUCUCGCUGGGGUUCUGGACAGUUCCUCCCCAGGCCCAUGGGGUGGCCUUGACACGGCAUGUCUCCCAUUAUGUCAUGGCUUUCACCAGUGUUUCCAUCACAUUUCCAUUUUUGGUCACUGUCUCGCUCUAUAAAGAGGGCUGAACCCAGGGCUGCCACACCAGACACAGCCAGGGGCACCCUGCACCAGUGCAGCCUGACUCCUACAGCUCAUCUCCACCCAACAGGACCAUGAAGACCUUCACAGCAGCCCUUGCUGUACUGUUUGUGUCUGUCCUCUGCUACCAGGUCUCCUCUUCUCCACCUUCUCUCAACCAUUUUGGUCCCUGCUGCCCUAAGUUCGUCACCGGACCGCUGCCCUUGAGACUUGUGAGGAGCUAUGAGCGCACAAGCAGCUACUGCUCCCAGCCAGCUGUGAUAUUCACCACCAUCAGGGGCAGGCUGGUCUGUGCCAGUCUUGAUGAGAAGUGGGUCCAGGACAUGGUGAUUCAAUUAGACAAGAAAGCCAGUGGAUGAGCAAAGCCCUGCUCCCUCCAAGCAUUACCUCAGAAAGCACCUGCACUCAUGGGCACCUCCGAGACAAAUCCCUGCUUUCUCAUUGCCUGGGAGUUUGGCAGAUUAUUUAACACAGUGUUUAGCUCUCUUAUUUAAGUUUCUGCAAAGGCAAUCUUAAUUUAUUUGGCAUUUUCAGUGAAACUUUUCAUUCUCGUUUGCACUGAUGGAGUCGAAGUUAUUUUUGCAUAAUAAAAAGGAUCAAAACCUGCAGCUUGUCCCACUCGUUCUUGGGAUGCUCCACGGAUACUGCGGAGGGCAGCAGUGACCGGGUCCAGGCUGUCACUCGGGGUCCGUGGGUGGUACCUGGCUGUCCCUCAGCCCCUCC